GGGGGAGGUAGAUGGGAGUUGUCCCUGCUUUUCUGCAAAGGGAGGAAUUUGGGUUUGCUGCCCUUACCUGCGUAUUGAGAAGACUUGGCGGUCCAACUAAGGCUCUUGUGUUGGUUGUGUAGGCUUCACUUGUCCUCUGGAAGAGAACCUGGGGCUGUUUGCCAGCAGUGAGAGGUGAGCUGGCUCAGGGAGGGGCUGUCAGAGCCUGGUGGAGGCUGCCAGCUGUGAUUUCCACCUCCCUGCAGCGUGCAGGCAGCGGGGAAGCCCCAGUUUCCACAUCUAGCCCUGAACUCAGGGCUGGGACACCACCGGCCACUCAUGCUGGCUUCAGAGAUGUCUCAAUCCAAACCCAUGGCUAGGAAUGGACUGGAGGGGGGCUCGGGGCACGGCCGUGGGGUCUGGCCCCCCAUCCAGUGGCAAAUUGUCUUUUGUCUGCCAAUCGCCUUCCUUUUCCUGGCGAGGAGGAGAAAUGCUGAGCCCAGAACUGUGUCUCUGCUCCUUCCUGCCCCCCCCUGCCCACACUUACGAGUUCUGGCUGACUUUAAUUUUGUUUUAUAAGAUUCUAAUUUUUUUGGUUACAAAUAAUUAAAAAAAAAAUUAAAAAAAAAAAAAAAGAAAGUGGCAAUAUUUUUUUCUGUAAGCUUUUCCUAGGAAAAAGCGUGGUUUGUAACAAAGUUGUACAGUUCUGAAGUUUGAGAUACGAGAAGUACUGUGUGAAACGCUGUAAAUGGGGCAGAGAUUAUUUUAUGUACAGUCUGACGCAGGGAGAUACUUUUAAUUCUGGUUGAUUCUUAGGAAGAAUUUGGUUCUUCACUGUCAGGGUUUGGAAUUUCAUGGUUUCAUUAUUAUUAUUUUUUUCUUGUAUAGAUUGCUGCAUUAAUUGAAUAAAAGCAGAAAGCAUCGCUGUGCCUGCCUGUGCGGUGGGGCUGGGAUCGCUGCGGGAGAGGGGAGUGCUUCUAAAUAAAGGGGAGCUCUGGGAGGAACGCGUGCUGCCCUGGAAACCAGGAUGGGGCUGCAGUGGGUGCUCCCUGCCUGGUCCUCUGCUUUGGUUCCCCAUGGUGUGGGUGCUGAAGAUGUCCCCGUCCUCCCACCACGCUCUGGUGCUGAGGUGCUGUGGUUCUGUGCUUUGGCCUCGCUGGGGCCCCUCGUGGGCCUUGCCCCGCACCUUCCUCCUGUGAGAGGGGCUGUGUGCUGCCUGCCGUGGUGUCCUUCCUCCUGUUCUUCUUCCUCCUGUUCUACUUCCUCCUCCUCCACAGGCACAGAUUGCACCCACAGAGCGGUCAGGCGCUGCUGCCCGGGGUGCGGAGGGGUCACUGGAGGUGUUGAAGGACCGCUGAGGUGUGGCACUGAGGGACGUGGUUUGGUGUCGUGGUAUGGAUGGCCCGGGGUUGGACGUGGUGACCUGAGAGGGUUUUUCCAAACAGAACGGUUCUGUAGUUCCUGGCCGAGCUCCCGUUCUGUCCCCACACGGGUACCAUCGCGUUCCUCUGUUCGCCCCACAAGAACCUUUCACAGUAGGGGUGCCAGGACCGCUGCUGGCUGCCCGCCGUCCCUGGCCCCACCCCAAAGGCCCAACCUGCCCCUGGAGGGAACCUGAAGAGGGAAACCGAGGCACGAGGCCUCGCAGCCCCGCAGCGUGCGGGCGGCCCGCUGUUACUCAGCGGGGAGUGCUGGCCCAGCCCUGAGCGCGGCGCCCGCCUGACUCAGCCGGACCGGGCCCUGCGGCCCCGCGGGUGAGGCCUGCCCUGGGCCGCUCCGUGCGGUGAGCCCCGGCACCCUCCGCGGCCAGGAUGAGCGGCCUGGAGGUGCCCCCGCCGCCCCUCGGCCCAACCCUGAAGAGAAAAAAAAAAAUGCGAAAGAAUGAGGGAGGAAAAAAAAAAAAAAGGGAGAAACCUAUUGGCUGCCGUGAAGGGCUGCGGGAGAGCGAACUACAACUCCCAGCACCCCCCGCGCCGGCGCAUGCGCAGCGCAGAAAGGAGGGCGCCGCUGCGCCGUGCGUGCGGACGCGCGCUGAUUGGCGGGACGCGCUGUCCGUCAGGGCCACACCCCGCCCCGCCGCGGCGGUGCCUGCCCGGGGCUCGGCGCGCGGCGCUCGGCGCUCGGAGCGGGGGGGGGCGCCCGCACCGGGACCGGCACCGGACCGGCACCGCGACCGGGAGCGGCACCGCCGGCAGCGGGAGCGUCUGCCCCGGGAUCACCGGCCCCGCCCGCCGCCUCCCGGUACCGAACCGAGCCCCGCCGGCCCCACCAUGAUGAAGUUUCGGUUCCGGCGGCAGGGCGCCGAGCCGCACCGCGAGCGGCUCCGCCACGACCUCUUCGCCUUCAGCAAGACGGUGGAGCAUGGCUUCCCCAGCCAGCCCAGCGCCCUGGCCUACGACCCCCGGCUGCGCGUGAUGGCCAUCGGCACCAAGGCAGGAGCUGUCAAGCUGUACGGUGCGCCCGGCGUGGAGCUGACGGGUUUGCAUAAGGAGACGGCCACUGUCACCCAGCUGCACUUCCUGGCCGGGCAGGGCUGGCUGCUGUCCCUGCUGGAUGACAACUCACUGCACCUCUGGGAGAUCUACCAGAAGGAGGGCUGCUCCCACCUGGAGGAGACGCGCAGCUUCGGGCUGCCAGCACGCCCCGGCUGCUCCCCCAGCAUCACACGGGUGACGGUGAUCCUUCCCACGUCCCCGGGUGCCGUGACCUGCCUGGGCACGGAGGGCGGAGCGGUGUACUUCCUUGCACUGCCUGCCCUCGUGCUGCUGGAGGACAAAACCCUCUUCCAGGAUGAGAUCCUACAAAGCGUGCCCGAUGAUUACCGCUGUGGGAAGGCACUGGGGCCAGUGGAGUCCAUCCAGGAGCACCCCCAGGAUGCUGGGAGGCUGCUGAUUGGGUACAGCCGGGGGCUGGUGGCCCUGUGGGACCAGAGCACGCGCACCGUGCAGCAUCUCUUCCUCGGGAACCAGCAGCUGGAGAGCCUGGCCUGGGAGCACAGCGGGAAGAACAUCGUCAGCUCACACAGUGACGGCAGCUACAUGGUGUGGGCAGUGGGCGGCAGCGGGCAGCGCACCCAGCAGCCCGUCAUGGCCACCAUCCCCUACGGUCCGUUCCCCUGCAAAGCCAUCAGCAAAAUCCUGUGGCGGACGUGUGAGUCGGGCAACCCCUUCAUCAUCUUCAGCGGUGGCAUGCCGCGGGCCAGCUACGGCGACCGGCACUGCGUCAGUGUGCUGCAGGGACAGAGCCUCGCCACGCUGGACUUCACCUCUCGUGUCAUCGACUUCUUCACAGUGCAGGACCCUGAGGUGCCAGAGGGAGGCUUUGAGAACCCCCGUGCCCUGGUGGUGCUGGUGGAGGAGGAGCUGGUGGUGAUCGACCUGCAGACGCCGGGCUGGCCCACCAUCCCCGCCCCAUACCUGGCCCCGCUCCACUCCUCCGCCAUCACCUGCUCCUACCACAUCUCCAACGUGCCCCUCAAGCUCUGGGAGAGGAUUGUCAGUGCCGGGGAGCAGCAGAGCCCGCGCCUCUCCUCUGCAGCCUGGCCCAUCAAUGGAGGGAAGAACCUGGCCCAGGAGCCCACUCAGAGGGGUCUGCUCCUCACCGGGCACGAGGACGGCACCGUGCGGUUCUGGGACGCCUCAGGGGUAUCCCUGAAGCCGCUGUACAAGCUGGGCACCGCCAACAUCUUCCAGACCGACUGUGAGCACAAUGACAGCCUCAACCAGGCAGGCGAGGAGGAGUGGCCGCCGUUCCGCAAGGUGGGCUGCUUUGAUCCCUACAGUGAUGACCCCCGUCUGGGCAUCCAGAAGAUUGCUCUGUGCAAAUACACAGCCAAGAUGGUGGUGGCCGGCACAGCGGGGCAGGUGCUGGUGAUGGAGCUGAGUGAUGACAAGUCUGAGCAUGCCGUCAGUGUGGCCACGGUGGAUCUGCUGCAGGACCGCGAGGGCUUCACCUGGAAGGGCCACGACCGCCUGGCACCCCGGAACGGCCCCAUCGCCUUCACCCCCGGCUUCCAGCCCAGCGUCCUGGUGCAGUGCGUGCCCCCCGCCGCUGUCACUGCUGUCACCCUGCACUCCGAGUGGAACCUGGUGGCUUUUGGCACCAGCCACGGCUUCGGGCUCUUUGAUUACCACCGGCGCAACCCGGUGCUGGCCAGGUGUACGCUGCACCCCAAUGACUCGCUGGCCAUGGAGGGGCCCCUGUCCCGCGUCAAGUCCCUCAAGAAGUCCCUGCGGCAGUCCUUCCGCCGCAUCCGCAAGAGCAGGGUGUCGGGCAAGAAGAGGCUGAACGCCGGCAGCCCCUCCAGCAAGGUGCAGGAGGCCAAUGCGCAGCUGGCUGAGCAGGCGGGCCCCCCCGAGGUGGAGAUGACACCGGUGCAGAGGCGCAUCGAGCCCCGCUCGGCUGACGAUUCGCUGUCCGGGGUGGUGCGGUGCCUUUACUUCGCCGACACCUUCCUCCGAGAUGCCGCCCACCACGGCCCCACGAUGUGGGCAGGGACCAACUCGGGCUCAGUGUUCGCCUACGCCCUGGAGGUGCCGUCACAGGAGAAGUUUUCGGAGCGGGCGGUGGAGGCGGUGCUGGGGAAGGAGAUCCAGCUGAUGCACCGUGCGCCCGUGGUGGCCAUCGCCGUGCUGGACGGGCGGGGGAACCCACUGCCAGAGCCCUACGAGGUGUCACGGGACCUGGCCAAGGCUCCUGACAUGCAGGGCAGCCACUCCAUGCUCAUCUCCUCAGAGGAGCAGUUCAAGGUCUUCACGCUGCCCAAAGUCAGCGCCAAGACCAAGUUCAAGCUGACUGCGCAUGAGGGCUGCCGGGUGCGGAAGGUGGCCCUGGUCAGCCUGGCCAGCACUGGCGCCGAGGAGCGCGUGGAGAACUGCCUGGCCUGCCUCACCAACCUGGGCGACAUCCACAUCUUCACCGUGCCCGCCCUGCGGCCGCAGGUGCACUACAGCUGCAUCCGCAAGGAGGACAUCAGCGGCAUCGCCUCCUGCGUCUUCACCAAGCACGGGCAGGGUUUCUACUUGAUUUCACCGUCCGAGUUUGAGCGCUUCUCCUUAAGCGCCAGGAAUGUGACGGAGCCGCUGUGCUGCCUGGAGGUGUCCCGGCUGCAGGACACCUCGUGCCUCAGCAACUCGAUGGCGACGCCGAAGGUGCAGCAAGCCAAUGGCACGCACGUCCCGCACAGCCCCGAGGCCAACCAUUCCCCUGCUGACAGCGACCGGUCCCCCGAGGAGCGCCAGGCCACCUUCUCGCCCGGCUCCGUCGACUCGCCCAACAGCAGCAUGGAGAACCCGCUGGACACCACCGGGGACAUCACGGUGGAAGAAGUGAAGGAUUUCCUGGCAUCCUCAGAGGAGGUGGAAAGGAACAUGAGGAACGCCAGUGAGGACGAGGUGCGACCUGCGGGCAUCCUCAUCAAGUGAGGCAUCGCCGAUGCCCGCGGCCCCCCCGGCCCAUCUCAGUGUUCGGAUUCCCGGGAUGCGUGACUCGACUGGACCCCCCCGGCCCCCUCAGCGUAACGUAGACUCGUCUCCUCUCUAACAUCUGCACCCCGGCUCCGGCACGCUCCCCCCACACCUCCUUGCCCGGCUGCCGGCCCCAGACCCCCCAGGCUGGCCCCGAGUUGGUGGGGGGGCCCCGUGUUGCACAAACUCUUCCCGGGGAAGAUUUUUUUUUUUACAUGGUCCGCUGUAGCUGUUCUCUGCUCCAGAGCCCCCCAGCCCAGGGGAUGCUGCUGGUGGGGAGGGGAGGGAGGCUGUGAUGGCUUUUGCCCCCCCACUAUGCCUCAUGGGUUUUGGUCCCCGGGGGGGAGGCACAGAACAAAGGGUGGGGGUUGGAAGCCCCCGGCAUGGCCCCCCCCAGACCCCUGUCUCUGUUUACAUGCCCGGCUCCCUGCAGUUUACAGCCCCUCCUCUGUGUGCCAUGAGGGUCCGGGCUGCCACGUGGGGACUGUCCCCUUCCUGGGACCCUCCUGUCCCUCUGCUGCUCCCCAGCUGGGCGCUGCAGGGCUCGGGGAAGGGGGGGGGGGUCACAGGUGGCCUUUUUCUCAUAGUGGCUUCUCCAAGGGCUAUUCUCCAGGCUGGGCUCCCCGCCUGCUGCUCCUUUCUGACACUAAUUCCUGCCAUGGGUGGGUUUGGGAUGGGAUCACGCUGGGGGACGGGGAGGGCAGGGGCAUGAUGCUGGCUCCCGGCCCUGUGCAACCCCCCUGCCAUUCCCUGGGGGUGUCACUGUGCCAAAUUCCUGCUGGGCUCCCCAUCCCUGCAGGGGCUGUGGUGAUGUGGCUCUGUCCCUGCGGGGCUCAGCCUGGUGCCCGCCCAUCUCAUUCUGGGGAUCCCCAGGGCCCUUUUGGCCCCCUCCCCCCCCAACUCUCUUUUGCGGUACAUCUGGUGUGGGCCAGGGGGGGCCGGGAGAGGCAGCGCUGCCCCAGGCCCUGUCCUGGCUGGGGCUGUAGUGUCCCUGGUAGAAAUCCCACCCUCCCCCCCUCCUUUUUUUUGGUAAGAUGAAUUUAGCAUUGUUUAGUUAUUAAAAAUACUGGUUUUUAAUAUUGAAAAUAAAGCAUUUAAUAUCAA